AUGAAGGUUUUGAUCGUCAUGAUGGUUGGGUGUAUAGCGGUGGCCUCGGGGAUGCCUAAGCCAUCCGACCUCGAUAUCCCUGGCCCUCGCUUGAUCGUUGGAGGUGUGGAGGCGGACCGCAACGAAUUUCCCUUCAUCGUAGACAUACGACUCUACCGGACGGAGAGCAUCCACUAUUGUGGCGGAUCCAUCGUUUCGCCUAACUGGGUCGUGACGGCGGCUCAUUGCAUGCAAAAUCCUGGGGGUGCGUCCAUGUACUCGUUAGUUGCGGGGGAACACAACCUAACUUUUGGAGAAGGUAGCGAACAACUGAGACAAGUUGCGACGAUCGUAAACCAUCCAGGCUAUGGGAGACCCCUCCGAUUUUCCAAUGACAUUUCCCUACUCAAGGUGGACCCCCCAUUCGUAUUCAAUGAGUUUGUCCAACCCGUGGUGAUCCCGCAGCUUAACUUUGUCCCAACCGCCGUUGCUACCGUGGCUGGCUGGGGGGAUUUGUCCAGCGGGGGUAGCGCUCCAGACGUCCUGAUGAAAGUGGAUGUUCCCUUAGUUUCGGAAGCGUCGUGUCUAGCCUCUUAUCCUGGGCAAAUUUCGGAAAGUAUGGUUUGUUACGGUGAGGAGGGAAAGGACUCUUGUCAGGCUGAUUCUGGCGGCCCCCUUAUGUGCGGCGCGGACAAGGCCCUUUGUGGAAUUGUUUCGUGGGGGCGCGGUUGUGCCUGGGCAGGAUAUCCCGGAGUUUACACUGAAACCAGUUUCUUCGCUGAGUGGGUCCGAUCAACAAUUGCGCAACCCUUGCUUCUGCCAACGGUGUAACGGACAAUUGGUGAAGGUUCAUUUGAAUGACGACUAUCAAGAUAUAGCCAUGACAGUC